CAUGGUCAAUAAUGAGUGUAUAAAAUGACCCUCCAAGAUGAGAAAAAUAAGCAAAUUUUACACCUCUGUAAGUAUUUCUCUAUUUGAUCUCCUUUCUUACCGCCUUUUUGUAAUCAAAGAUGAGAAGAAUGCAAAAAAAUAAAGCGGUUUACUUUUGUAACAUGGAUGAUUCCAUCAUAAAGGAAGGAAAAUAGGUAAAUAACAGUGCUGCUGAAGCAUGUCACCUGCUCUAUGUUUCUUCUCUUUCUCUCAAGUCUCAAUCAUUCCUUCCUUGUUAAACUUUCUAAAACGUUGAUAACCACAGGCAUUACCUUUGACACUGGUCUUCACAAUAAUUGAGUUCAGUGAAUCAAUUGAGAGAAUGCUGCAGCAGAUAUAAGUGGAAGGGACAGUACAGCCAUGACAAAUGUCUCAAGUUCUAUGCUUUUUUGGCCCUCUUUUUUUGGUUUUAAUUAUUUGCUUCUUUCAGCUACAAAUGAAGGGAAGGUUUCUGAAUCUGAUUUGUCCCACCGUCCACUUCCAAAGCCACUUUAAUUCUUUCUCCCCCCCUUAAACAUCCUCCACUAACUUCAAUUUGUGGCUUUCUUUAUUCAUUGGGAUUCCUAUAGUCAACUAUAUUUUGCACCCAUUAUAAAAUCAAAUCCAUGGGAAUGAAAUCUCGGUCUCAGAAGCACCAAAUAGUAUUAGCAGCUUAACUGUGCUACGUACAAAUAAGCUUCUUUUUGGUCCUCUGUUAUUUCCUCAUUGCAUUACCAUUUUGGAUCAUGAAUUCUGAAGAUAUCCCUUCAACCCCUUCAACUCCAGUGACCCCUGGAACUCCUGGUGGUCCUCUUUUUGCUGGGUUGAAGCCUGAUAGAAAUGGCAAUGGCAAGAAAUCAUCAUCAUCCCUUCUCAAAAGCUGCAAAUGCUUCAGUGUUGAAGAAGCAUGGGCUUUGGAAGAAGGGACAUUGCCACCUGUCUCUUGUUCCUUACCUCCUCCUCCUGUCUCACUCUCAAGAAAGGUUGGAGCAGAGUUUAUAGGCACUUUGAUACUGAUAUUUUCAGGGACAGCCACUGCAAUUGUGAAUCAAAAGACAGGUGGUGCAGAAACACUGAUUGGAUUGGCUGGAUCCACUGGUCUUGCAGUUAUGAUUGUUAUUUUAGCCACUGGUCAUAUUUCAGGAGCCCAUCUCAAUCCAGCAGUCACCAUUGCAUUUGCUGCUCUCAAGCAUUUCCCCUGGAAACAUGUAACCAACCAAUUUAACAUUGAUUGGUUAAAAAUUACACCAUUUAUCAAAGCCACAUUUUUUUUUUACAGUGAUUCAUAUCUUUGUUUUUACUUUUCAAUUUUUUGCAUUCAGAUUCCAGCAUAUAUAGCAGCACAGAUAUUGGCAUCAAUAUCAGCUGCAUUUCUACUAAAGGCAAUAUUUCACCCUAUUAUGGGUGGGGGGGUGACCGUUCCUUCAGGAGCAUAUGGCCAAGCUUUUGCUUUAGAGUUCAUGAUUAGCUUCAACCUCAUGUUUGUUGUUACUGCAGUUGCCACUGACACCAGAGCUGUAAGUAACACCACUUACUUAGUAUAAUUUAUUGCUCCAAAGCAGAAAAGACAGGAGUCAAUUAUAAAUAUAUGGAAGCUACAUGUUCAUUUUCAGCUUUUCACCAAUAUAAUAGUAUCAUGGAUCACAUGAAAUUAUUCAGGAGUUCAAGAUCUUUUCUAGCUUGUUUCAUUUCUAUUGCUAUAAUUAAGAACAUGCGCCAUUGAGCCACCAAAAUGGAAAACUACUAUAUGGGAGCUUGUAGAAUCUUUUAACAUGAUGCAUGGCUUUAAUUCAGACGUUGGAUCGUGAGUUUUUUUUUUUUUUUUUGGGUCACUGUACAGGUUGGGGAGCUUGCAGGAAUCGCGGUUGGAGCUACUGUCAUGCUCAAUAUACUCAUUGCAGGGUAAUUGUUAAAUCUAAACUCUUUUUCACUUCUUAAUUCUUGGGUCUGAACUCUUGAAGCUCAUUGGAAAAAGUUGCAAAAUUGAUUCAUACUCCUUAAGGGAAUCAUUAUGGUGGCAGUCCAGUAUGGUAUUCUGUCAUGACGGACCCCAGCGGUUGAACUCCGCAGGGGCUAAAAACAAAGGGAAAUUGAUGUUGGUGAACUAUUAAACUCGGAUGGGAUGUAGGGUGUAAACUGCAGGACACAUGCAAUUAAAGUAAUUUCACUUUAAGAAAACAAGUGAGAAAAUAGAAAAUAAAAUUCUACCGGCGUCGUGGCAAACAUGAACGUGAGAGGUAGGAAUUGUUCUUUUUCCUAAAAAAGGAAAAGAAGAAAUUUUUAAUAAUUUGACAACUCAAAAGUUGAUCAGUGACAAAAAAAUGCAUGCAUAAAUGAAAAUAGAAACACUAUGAGUGAUUUAGAAUGAUCAGUACUAUUGAGUCAACCAUUGUCAUAUCUCACAGCAUUAUUAGCUUUGAUUGAUGGGGGUCCUAUGAAAACAAGAAAUCAAUCAAAAAUCUGACUGAUGAAUUGAAAGGUACAAACAUUGUAAUGAUUUUUCACUGUUCUAAAAACAGGGAAUCAACAGGAGCAUCCAUGAAUCCAGUAAGAACCCUUGGACCGGCAAUUGCAGCAAACAACUUCAAAGGCAUUUGGAUUUACUUAACCGCACCCAUAAUGGGAGCUUUAGCCGGGGCAGGUGUUUAUUCUGCGGUAAAACUUCCCGGAGAUGAUGCCGACGGUGACCUGAAUAAGCCCUCUGCUGCACCCAGCUUCAGAAGAUGAAACUUGCAAGUGCAGAGCAGAGAACUUUUAGCUUUGCGCGUGAAAAGGGCUUGGAUGUAAAAGGGGAUGUUUGCAAAUUUUGAGAUAAGUUUGUAUAGUCAGUAGGAGUUUUGCACAGGCCGAAUCUAAUCCUGUGAUAUGGUUCUCAGUUUUCGACUUUUCGUGCGUGUAUUUUCUAUUGAAAUAUGUUUGGCAUAUGGCAAAAUGGACGAUACUUUACUUCUGCAAUGGAAAACUCUGUAGAACACUAGCUGCUUCGUUGUACUUUCAUCUCUGAAAAGAUGUUUCUAUUUCACUAUCAUAAUUCUGCAAACCAUCAAUCCACAGCUAAUGUGAGAGAAAAUAUUAUCUUAUCUUUGAUCUACUGGUGUUAAAGAGGGAAUGGAAUUUCAAGUUGAAAUAAGAAUAGCCCAGCCUCGGAAGUUUAUGAACCAAGUUUGCACACAUCCGAGGCCAAGUACUUAUCUACAUUCAAGCAGUUAUUAGUCCUUCAAAAUGGAAGAAAAAAGGGUAAACAAUUGGUGGCUUCAACA